GAAGAAGCUGUUGUGGAGGCGAUCCCCUGCCACAUUCACAGCAGAUCCCUCAAACUGGGGCGCAAACGGCUUCUCCUCUGCUUUGCCAAGUAAAAACUGACAACAAACACAGACUACAGCACAGGACAGCAGAGGAUUGAAAGCUUGCUCUGGGACCUGAGACACCCGGGAUGGACAGUUCAGGUUAUGGAAUUGCAGCAAUGAGGAGAGGAAGCUAUGAUGAUAGUGCAGCUUCACUGCAUCCGCACCUCAGACACUUGGCUCAGAGACGCCGCUCUGCUCCAUCACUGGUGUUUGGGAAGGCUUUGGGGAUGCCAUGGUCCUCUAUCAGGGAGGAGGCUUCCUGCUGGGUGUCUGUGGAGCAGAGUCCAUUUGUCCUCGGCCUCACCAGCGAGAACGGAGAGCUGCUGCUGGACGAGUGCGUUCAGGUCACCGAGGGCUCAAAGACCAGGGAGAGACACCUGUUCCUCUUCAGCGACGUGAUUGUCUUCGCCAAACUCAAGUCGCCUGCAAGCUACCGCCUGAAGCACAGAGUCAGCCUCGAGGAUGUCUGGCUUUACAGCUUUGAGGACGAGCCGGAAGAAGAGGAUGGAGUGAUGGGUGAUAUUGACCUCAGGCUGACCCUCAUCCUGGCCUGGGCUCUCACGUUUUGUCUGGUGUGUUUUCGCUCGCCUGAGGUGAAAGAACGCUGGCUAGAUACUCUUCACAGAAAAGUUAAAGAAGCAAAAGCAAAGGCCGGUUCUUCUUCUUCUCCUCCAGACGUCCUGAUGAAGGUGUUGAGUGGCAGCAUCGCAACCAAAACUCUAACAGGAGGUGGCAUGGAGGAAUUGAUCGAGUUUCCACUUGAUGGUGACACAAAGAUCUGUGGUGUGCCAAAGCAGUUGAAUAAUCAAGAGGACAGGCAGACACAGCCCAUUGAAACCAAGUGGAACGUGGUGAGGAGGAGGCUCUCAAAGGGCCGCAAAAAGCGACCAGAAACAGAAAACAAGACUCAGCUGUUUGGACAGCCCCUCCGCAAGAUAUGCCCAGACGAUUGCUCACUUCCCAAACCAGUCACAGAGCUGCUGGUGCUGCUGAGGAAGAAAGGCCCGUCCACAGAGGGAGUGUUUCGGAAGCCGUGCAACAGCAAGAGCAUGAAGGACAUCAGAGAGCAGCUGAACAGCGGUGUGAACGUGGACAUGGGGACUCUGCCUGUCGUUCUGCUUGUUGGACUGCUCAAAAGUUUUCUGAAGGAGCUUCCUGGCAGCCUGCUGGUGUCUGACCUUUAUGACAAAUGGAUGGCAGCGCUGGACAAUGAAGACACCCAGCAGAGAGCUGUGGAAAUCACAAAGGUGGUAGAUGAUCUCCCUGGGCUGAACAGACUCCUCCUGCAGCAUCUGAUCUGCAUCUUCCAUCACAUCCUGGAGAGCGCAGACAUCAACAAGAUGGAUGCCCACAAUCUGGCAGUGUGCAUCGGGCCCACACUGCUGCAGCUGGAUGACACCCCGCUGGAGCAGCAGAAGGAGAAGAUGCAGAAGGUGACAGAUCUAACUCAGUUCCUGAUUGAGAACUGUGAGAUUCUUGGAGAGAAUAUCAAAGUCUUGCUGGACAUUGAUGAAGACUCUGUGUCCUCCCAGCAUCAGGACUCUGCGUAUGAUAGCACUGACCAAGAUGGUGAUGGAGAGGCAGGAGAGAGUAACAUGUCCACUCCUGCUGGCUCAACUUCUUCAUCCUCAUCGCCCAGUCCCAGCACAACCACCCCUACUUGGUCCGAUGCCACCUUCAGCACAAAAUCAGGAUUCGACCGCCGCUCCUCCGAGCCCAUCAUCCUCCUCUCAGAUGAACUCAAGGGCCUGUGCAGCCACGCUAGGAGCCAUGAAGACUGCUCCACAGAGAAGGGGGGCUUUGGUGAGCAGCCUCUCAAAAAACAGAUCUCUGACGACUCCUUCUUGCUCAGAGGUCGUGGAGGUGCCAGGCCAGUUCUGUCUUUUUCAAAACUGAACAACAACUCCAAUGGGGAUCUACAGCCUUUCAUGGGCAAAGACUGUUCUUGCUCUUCCCUAGACAGUACUACCUCUAACCAUUCAGAGUGCUCCGUUUUCACCAGUUCCCCAAUGGUGUCACCAGGAUGCUCCAGGAAGGCAAACACCAGCAGCCAGCCUUCAGUGGUUGCUAAGGGACAGCACGACAUUAACAAACCAGAAGAAAAGAGGCGCUCACAGUCCAUGAGAAUUACCCCUAAAGUCUUAUUGAGGACCAGGAGCUUAGGAGCUUUCAGCAGGAGCAGCCAGAAAAAAGACUCUCAGAAGGAAAACUCCUUUCCCUGUGAAACUCUCCAGGAGGACUUACAGAGUGAAGCAGAUCCACCAGCCGAGCUUCUGAACAAACCACGCCCUCUGUCGGCGAUUGAAGUGUUUAAGCAUGUGGACAGCAGGCAGCCCUGCAGCCCUCCAUCAUAUGAACAGGCAGUGCAGAACGUGGGCCCCCCUCCACGGUAUCGCUCAAUGACUGUAAAAGAUGCCAUAGAGGUGGAGAUGAGGUCUCGUCCAUCUUCUGUAAAUUAUGACUUUCCAGCUACCUGCUCUUUCAAGCAAUUUGUGUGCAGUCAGGACUCCUUUGGUCAGGAAGCCAACGUUGUCGAGCUACGACAGCCUUUUCGCCAGAGAGCCAUGUCUGAGUCUGUGUCUACGCGUCAACAUGAUGCCCUGUCACGGAGAUGCAGCCAGCCUGUGUUUGAGGAACUUUCUUAUGCAAAGGAGUCUUAUGUUUGACUGACUUUAUGUCUCUUUUGCAGACUGGCUUGUGUUACAUAGAAAGACAAGAACAAUUCACAGGUGUGAAUUAUUAUAAGCAAAGCUAAAAGGACCAGUUAGCAACCCAAGCUUGUGCCUGAAGUCCGGUGUUUUAAUGUUUCACUUUCACUUUGAAUGAAUGUUAUUUGUGUGACACGGUUGCACAUUCUCAGUAGUGCUGUUAAGAGUACAAAUUAACUUAUGUGUUGUUAUGAUGAUAGAUAUUUAGUCUAUCACAAUGAAGCUAUGAACACAGUUAAUAUGCUAUGAAUUUCUGUUUUGUCUGAAGUUUUGUUUGUUAUGGUGAUAUAUACAGUAUAGCAUGUUGAAGACAAAGGUUUUUGUUUUUGUUUGUUCGUUUGCUUUUUGUCAAUCUCGUUCACUUUUCACCGGCUUCUUCUUCCACUACAUUAAAGCACUUUUUUUUAAUUUGUAUGCUGAAUUGUACAUAAAGUGUAUAUAAUCUUCAUCAACGAGUGUUGUGGUGUCACUGAACAGAAUGGAAAAAACAUGUAAGAAAAGCAAUUCAAUAAAAU